AUGAACAGUUCUUCACUCAGAAGCCCAGGCGCGCGAGAAUGGGCGAGACAGACGGAGGAUCUGCGACCUAAACCAAACUAUGUGCUCGCGGAACUGACUGCGGGCGCGGAGAUUGAAACUCGCUCGGUGGGGCAGGCACUCAUCCCGCUCGUGUCUCAGAUUACCACACUGAUCAAUCACAAAGACAAGCUCAAGAAGACGGAGAAGACCUUACGGGCCAUCCAGAGAGUGGGGCAGGCGGUCAGUGUUGCAGUUGGCCGCUUCGUGGCGGUGGGUGAAGCCAUUGCAGCAGAGAAUGAAGACUUGAAGGACGAGAUGGGACUGGCUUGCUUUGAGGCCCGGAGAGCAGGCACUGCCAUAGCUCAGCUGACGGAUGUGUCCUGUCUGGAGCAGUGUGAGGGCGAUGGGCGCAGCACUGUGUUUAGUGACAGGACCGGCAUGGUGAAAGCUGCUCGCAUGCUGCUCUCCUCUGUUACCAAAGUCCUGGUGCUCGCAGACUGCAUCGUUAUCAAACAGAUCAUAAGCUCCCGCAACAAAGUGCUGGUUACCCUGGAGCAGCUGGAGAGAGUCAGCACUUUUCAGGAAUUUGUCCAAAUCUUCAGCCAAUUUGGGAACGAGAUGGUAGAGUUUGCCCAUCUCACAGGAGACAGACAGAAUGAUCUGAAGGAUGAAAAGAAAAGAGCUCGGAUGGCCGCCGCACGUGCUGUGCUGGAGAAAUGCACCAUGAUGCUCCUCACAGCCUCUAAGACUUGUCUGAGACAUCCAGACUGUGAGUCGGCACGGAUCAACAAAGAAGCAGUCUUCCAGCGUAUGCGUCUGGCCCUGGAGCAAGUCAUUGAGAUUGUGACUGACACAAGGAGCGGUGGGGAGACCAAAGCACUUCCUGUCAGCAUCUACGCUGGGAUUAGAGACUUUAAGGUUAAAGUGGAGGGUCUGAGAGACUCUCUGUACUGUGUGUCCUGUGAGGCUGUGGCGGCUCAGCUGGAAGCUCUGGUGGAGAAAACCGAAGACUUUACAGACUCUGCCUACACCAGCCAUGAGCAGAGAGAGACAAUCAUACAGCUCUGCCAGAUCACACGUCAGGAGACCAAACAGCUCAUCAGCACAUGGAGACACGCGCAGCAAUCGCUUAAAGCCAAAGAGGCCACGGACGAGGUGGAGCUCUCUAUUUUGAAGACUUGUCAGAGUGUCAGCGAUCUCAGGCGAGAGCUUCAUAGGGUGGCGGUGGGAAGGGCCACUGAGCUGCUGAAGCUGCAUUCAGAUCAUCUGGUGCUGCAGGCCCUGAAGGCCUCCGGUGGGGAUGGAAACCUGGAGGCUGUGGCUGAUUAUGCCGGCACACUGACUGAACACAAAGAGCAACUGGUGGAGACUUGCCGUUUGCUCUGCCACAUUUCUGGGACUGAGCCGCUGGAGAUCACCUGCGUUCAUGCUGAGGAAACUUUCCGUGUCAUUGGUCCUCAGAUCAUCUCAGCAGCACAGACCCUUGCUCUGCACCCCACCAGCAAGAUUGCCAAAGAAAACCUGGAUGUGUUUUGCGAGGCCUGGGAGUCCCAGCUGUGCGACAUGGCCAUCCUACUGAAGGAGAUCAAUGAUGUGUUUGAGGGCCGCAGAGGUGAUAAGAAAACAUAUCUGUCUCUACCCAGACCAGGGAAACACUCUGCCAACCUGAAGACGGUGAAGGCUGCCAAACUUGACGCUGAGGAGCAAACCACCAUCGCCAAGCUUGGGCUGGAACUGUGUCUCCUCACUUCAGAUGUGGACUCAGAGGUGGAGCGCUGGGACGAGCAGGACCACGACAUGGUUCGGCUGUGUCAGAUCAUAUCCAGCAUGGCUUAUUCCAUGUACCUCUUCACCAGGGGGGAAGGCCUACUGAAGACAACUUUGGAUCUAUUCCACCAAGCCGAGGUGUUGUCAGACCAAGGUCUCCAGCUGUGCCACAUCCUCCACUCUCUCUGUGCGCAGCUGCUGGAUGAAGACAGAAUCCUUAUUCUGUCUGAGACCGAGAAGCUGUCAGCCGCAUGUCAACAGCUGCAGGUCUGUGCCAAGACUCCGGUUCAGGGCAAGAGCGCCAUCUUUCAGAAGGUCGACUCAUCCAUACAGAAUACCAAAGGCAUUUUGACAGUGGUGGUAUAUUUACUGCCCAUCUGUAAUAAGCUCAUCAGAAAGUGUAAAGCAGAGCGCAGCUGUCUGGCUUCACCUCAGCACUGGAGGGAGAAGCAGCUGAGCACGACCGUCAGCGAGGAAAAUCUGAACGGCAAAGGCUCCAACGGCUUCGGGGUCAAAUCCUUGGAGCAACACAUGGCCAAUCUAACAUUCCUGGAGAGCAAAUAGCUCUGAAAACCAAAGGCUCUUCUGCCUGUUGUCGCGCACACAGUGCAUGGCAAUGCACUCGCACACAACGUGCCAUUCUUUGUGCUUCUGCCCAUUCGCUUUGUGGUGUACGAUAGCGUUAGCAUUACCAGCCUCAUUCCAGAUACCAAAAAAAAUAGAUAAAAACCCUUCAUUGCAUGUGUUCAGGUCAUUAUGCGAUUCUUUCAAGUGUAAUGGCUGGUAAAUAAGCUACGGUUUUAACCGAAUAUUCAGCUGCGUUUCUCGUGAUUAGCCAACAUUGAGGUGUACGUGGUAAAAGUUUUGAUGCAAAAAAAGAAG